AUGCAAUCUAUUGAUCGUUCUCAAUUUGCUGAAUUGAAAAAUGACCUGAUCUUGAGGGCUGCUCGUGGCGAGACGGUCGAGAGGCCUCCUUGUUGGAUCAUGAGACAAGCCGGAAGGUACUUGCCAGAAUAUCACAAGGUCAAGGAUGGUCGUGACUUCUUUGAGACUUGCAGAGACGCAGAGAUUGCAAGUGAAAUAACUAUACAGCCUGUGAGGCGUUAUGCUGGUUUGAUUGAUGCAGCCAUCAUCUUUAGUGAUAUUCUUGUAAUUCCUCAAGCAAUGGGUAUGAAAGUGGAAAUGGUAGAGGGCAAAGGUCCCCACUUCCCAGAACCUUUGAGAACUGCAGAUUACGCCAAAAAGGUGCUAGAUUACCAUGUGGAUGUACUCAAGGAACUUGACUGGGCUUUCAAGGCCAUUACGCUAACGCGCGUUAAGCUAGAUGGCCAAGUUCCUUUACUAGGGUUCUGUGGUGGUCCUUGGACAUUGUUGGUUUACAUGACUGAGGGAGGUGGUUCUCGUUUGUUCCGUUUUGCCAAACAGUGGCUAAAUGAAUCUCCUGACAUUGCUCAUAAGUUACUCCAAAAGAUAACAGAUGUCGCUGUUGAGUUCCUAGCGCAACAGGUUGUUGCCGGAGCUCAAAUGCUGCAAGUUUUCGAAAGUUGGGGUGGCGAAUUGGGCCCUCGCGACUUUGACGAGUUUUGUCUUCCAUACGUUCGUCAAAUCAGCAAAAAGCUUCCAAAACGCCUGCAGGAACUUGGCAUCGAAGAAAAGAUUCCAAUCACCAUUUUCGCAAAGGGUUCGUGGUAUGCUCUUGACAAGCUUUGCGAUUCAGACUAUGAUGUUGUAUCCUUAGACUGGCUGUGGGAUCCUGCAAGUGCUGUAAAGAUUAGCUCAGGUCGCGUAACUUUGCAAGGUAACUUGGAUCCUGGUGUCAUUUAUGGCACAGAUGAAAUCAUUGCCAAGAGAGUUGAGGAAAUGAUUCACGGUUUUGGAGGUGGUAAAAAGAACUACAUCGUCAACUUCGGACAUGGUACUCACCCAUUUAUGGACACUGAGAAAAUACGGUUCUUCCUGGAGCAAUGCCACAAGAUUGGUGGUGCCAAAUAA